AUGAAUGGAAAUAAUUCAUCCGAAGAGGUGGAUAGUCCUGUUCGACACACAACAAAUUUAGGUGAAUUAAUUUUGACCGCAAAUGAUAUAAAUCAGAAGCAUUUGGAAUAUUUACCAUAUCCAGAUUGGAAUUUUAAUGAAGAAUCUGACGAAAUUCUUCAAAAAACUUCUGCUGAUAAAAAUGAUGAACAAUGUCCAUUAGAACAGAUCUAUUUACGAUGCAAUAAAACAUUCCUACCCGGUCAAUCAGUCCAUGUUAUUAAAAUAGAAGCAGAGAGAAUAUAUCAUCCAGUAAUAGAGUUUCUCUAUCCUUAUCUAUAUACGAUAACUAUUCUUUAUGGUUCGACAUUUGAAUGGACAAUUAAAAAGCGUUAUAAAGAUUUUGGUGAUCUUCAUCAAGCUCUUCGAACUUAUGUGAAAUCAGAAUUAGCAAGAUCUGGUAAUAAUUUGAAUAGUGUAAGACCAUCUGAAACAAGUGAUGAUCAUGAUUCUUCAAUUCGAAGACAAGAGAAACAACUACCAUAUUUUCCAACUCGAAAUGAUCGUAUUUCAUUUAUUAAUGAAUCUUCUAUAAAUGAACGAUGUAAAAUAUUACAAAAUUAUCUAAAUAAAGUACUUAAACAUCCAAAACUUCGUGAACAUAGUGCAACGAGAAAUUUUCUUAAAGUGAGUCCACUUUCAUUUGUACGAGGAUUGGGAAAGAGUUUACGAGAAGCUGAACUUUCAAAACGAUCGAAUGAUGAUUAUCGUGGUCGAUCAAUCUUCAUUCGAUUACCUUUUUUAUGUGAUACAUGUAAAUUUCAUCAUAGACCAAAUUGGUUUGUUAUUAAAGAUUCUUAUAUUGUAUAUAUAAAACUUGAUUCGGCUCUUAUUGGAUUUCCAAUGCUUGUUGAUCAUGGAUUUUCUGUUGAUCGACGUUUUCGUAAAACAAAAACAAAUAAUGGAAUUCGAAUAAAAAAUUUACAACGUUUAAUGGUUAUUAAAUAUCAAAACGAAUAUGAACGAGAUAAAUGGUUCGAUACAUUAAUGGAAAUUAAGAAUAAAUCACUUCUUACUCAACAACAUCCAUUUAAAUCAUUUGCACCACAAAGACAACAACAAUAUGCACAAUGGUUUGUCAAUGGUGAACCGUAUAUGGAAGCAUUAGCCAAAGCGAUAUUAGCAGCACGUGAAGAGAUAUUUAUUAGUGCUUGGUGGCUUUCACCAGAAAUAAUGCUUAUUCGUCCAUCUCAAGAUGAUUCAAUGCGACUUGAUAAUCUUCUCGGCAAACGAGCUGAAGAAGGUAUUCGUAUUUAUAUAUUGGUAUUCAAAGAUAUAUUACCGGUUGUUGGUUUAAAUAGUUAUCAUACAAAAAAGAAAUUAGUUGGCAAAAGUCCAAAUAAGAAAAAUAUCAAAAUUAUUCGACAUCCUGAUCAUCGAAUUUUACCUGGAACAGAAUCGUCAUUUCUCUAUUCACAUCAUGAAAAAACUGUUGUUAUUGACCAACGAUUAGCUUUUAUCGGAGGACUUGAUCUUUGUUGGGGUCGAUGGGAUAAUGAUGAUCAUCGAUUGGUGGAUUUGAGUAAUGAGAAUAUUACAGAAUUGAAAUCUGCUGAAGAAUUAGCAAAUCAAAGUGAUCAAGAAUCAACAAAGGACGAAGCUGCUGUUGAUACAUCUAAGAAAAUGGCAGAGAAUAAUACCAAUCAAAACAUAGUAUCUAAGCUAUUGGACAAAACAACAAAUUCCGAACAAGAAUCAUCUCAUGAAACAAAAGCAAAUGGUAUUAAAAAUAUUACUAGAAAACUUUCAAUUCAUGGCCGAAAUAAGAAAAAAAAUAGCCAUGAAAAUACGGACAAUUCAAACGAAGUAACAAAAAUUGAAGAUAGUUUGAACAGUGCUGAAAAGAAAUUUCUGGCUGAAGAAGAUGAACUUGAAUAUCGGCCUAAUCAAUAUGGAAAUAGAUGGCGACGAAUUGUCGAAAUGAUAAAGAGUAAGACUAACAGUGACGAUUCAUCAGAUGAAGAAGAAGAAGAAGAUGUCUCUGUCAAUGAAUCAUCAGAUACGAAACCUAAAACAAUUGUUGGUGUUACAUCUGUAAUGGAUGGCACAUAUCGGUAUUUUUUGGGCAAAGAUUAUUCGAAUUAUUAUCAUAAAGAUUUUGAAUUUAUUGAAAAAUUUGAUGAAGAUUAUAUUGAUCGAAAACUUGUACCACGAAUGCCAUGGCAUGAUGAAAUAUUAGUUGUCUCAGGUGAAGCAGCAAGAGAUUGUGCGAGACAUUUUAUUCAACGAUGGAAUAUUCACAAGGCAGAUAAACAUCGUUUUAAUGAAUCUUAUCCUUAUCUUCUUCCAAAAACAUGUGAUGAUGAUGAUGAAUUAUUCGAUACAUCUUUUCUUCGUUCAAUUCUUCCUGAUGAUCGACCACCAAUUCGUAUUGAUGCUCAAUGUGUUCGUUCAGCAUCAUUUUGGUCAUGUGGAAUUCGUACUGUGGAACGAUCGGUUGCAAAUGCCUAUAUUCAUAUGAUCGAUAAUGCUCAACAUUUUAUUUAUAUUGAAAAUCAAUUUUUUGUCACAAUUCCUGAAGAUCCAGCAAUUAAAAAUCAUAUUAGUGAUGCUCUUUAUCGACGUAUAAUACGAGCACAUUCUAAUAAAGAAAUAUUUCGAAUAUAUAUUCUUGCUAAUACUAUUCAAGCUGUACUUUAUUUUAUUAUGAGAUCGAUCAAUAAAGGUGAAAUGUCACUCUAUCAAAAAUUAAAACAGAAUGGUGUAUCCAAUCCUGAAGAUUAUAUCACAUUUUAUGGUAUGCGAAAUUGGGAUAUAUUAAUGGGUAGUUUAGUUACAGAAAUAAUUUAUGUCCAUUCGAAAUUAAUGAUUGUUGAUGAUCGAAUGUGUAUUUGUGGAUCGGCUAAUAUUAAUGAUCGUUCACUUCAAGGUUCUCGAGAUUCAGAAAUUUGUUUAGUUGUUAAUGAUGUUGAAAUGAUCGAUUCAUGUCUAAAUGGACAUAAGGAAAAAGUUGGACUUUUUUGUUCAACAUGGCGAAAGAAAUUAUUCAGAUUACUAUUAGGUAUAAAAAAUGAAGAAGAAAUCAAUGUUGAUGAUCCAUGUUCAGAUGAAUUUUAUCAAUACUUUCGUCGAAUAGCACAGAAAAAUACUCAAAUUUAUGAAGAAGUAUUUAAUUCAUUACCUACCAAUCAGAUACGACGAUUUGCUGACGUUGAAGCUUAUGAAAAACGAUCGAAAUUGAAAGAAACUGAUCCUCAAACAGCUCAUGAUAAAUGUAAAGAAAUUCAAGGUUUCAUUGUAGAAUUUCCAAUAGAAUAUCUAGCCGAUGAUGUUAUCAUGCCAAAAUGGAAUACAUCAGCAGGUAUUGCACCAAUUCUCUUAUGGACAUAA